GUCCAUCACAUUCACACUCAUAUCCUUUCCUUAUUCAAGACCAGUCUCCCAAGUUCACAAUAAAUCUGAAAAGCUCUCUCUCACGCACACUUUCUCACUCUCACACUUGCAACUGCCAUUACUAUCCACUCACCAGUCACCACUCAGAAUCAGCAGAUAAUGUCAGAGAGCUGCAACUCUCGCCACUUCUCAUGGCUCAUGAAAUCCUGUUUUCCCAAUCCGAACCACACCAACAACUCUUUAACCCAAAUCCAGACCCAGACUCAGACCCAAACCCAAACCCAAACCCAAAUCCACAUUCACAGCUAUUCGUCUACGCUCUCUUCUCUUCCAGAUGAUCUUCUUCUGGAAUGUCUCUCUCGUGUCCCGCCUCCUUCUCUCCAGUCUCUCUCCUCCGUUUGCCGCCGCUGGGCCCGCCUCCUCGACUCCCCUUCCUUCCUCGAUCUCCGCCGCCGCCACGGCCGUAUUCACACCACCGUCUUUGCUGUUUCCGCCACCGACUUCGGCCUCUAUGCAGCCAGUCUCCGCUUCGAAGAUGACGUUGACGGGGUACGUAACUGGAAAGUCUCUUCGUUUCUCGCGAACGACGCAGUUUCGCUUGGUAAUUUCCACGGCUUGCUCUCUCACGCGAGGUUAUCGGCCGUUGGAUCUAAGAUUUUCAUCAUCGGCCGGAACGCCAUGGUCCGUUACGACACGUGGCCUGGCACCGUCGUUGCCAGAUCUGCUAUGCUAUUCCCGCGCAAAAAAUUCGCUACUGCCGUCGUUUCCGGCAAGAUCUACGCGGCGGGCGGUGGUUCAAGAACAGACGCGGUGGAGGAAUACGAUCCCGACACAGACACGUGGCGUGUGGUGUGCCAAGCCCCGAGGAGGAGGUACGGCUGCAUCGGCACUUCGGUUGACGGCGUUUUCUACGUGAUCGGCGGACUCAAAAUCGGCGGCACCGCGGUCGGGACCGAACCUCCACGAGCCGCGGCGAACGCGGAGGCUCACGUGUACGCGAGCUCGAUGGAUUUAUACGACGUGGAGGCGCGCGUGUGGCUCCGAAGCAGAGCCGUCCCGGGCGGAGGCUGCGUCGUCGCGGCGUGUUCCGCCGCCGGACACGUCUUCGUCCUCGCCAGCCACGCCGUGGAGCUCUCGUUUUGGAAAUUCGACGCGCGAAGGAAAAAAACCACAACGCAAAACAACAACAACAACAGCACCGCCGUCACUAACGCCGGAUUCGGCGAGUGGUGCAGGUUAAAGAGUCCGCCGCUACCGGCGCAAGUUCGACUAGACAGCACCGUUAGGUUCAGCUGCGUCGGCGUAGAGAACAUAGUGGUGUUGGUUCAAGUAACGGGUUGUAUCGACGACUUGUUGCGACGGAGUGGGAGGAGUUUGCGGGGUUUGAGAGAUGGGCUUGUGUUGGUGUACAAUUCCGUUGGUGGAGAGUGGAGUAGAGGAGCAGAUUUGCCUGAGGUUAUACGACGCGCCGCUUGUGUGUGUGUUGAGUGCUAAAAAAAAAAAAAAAAACGGUGCUGGAUUGGAUUGGUUUUG